AUGUCCCAGUCAUUGCGUCCGUACCUGACCGCUGUACGCUAUUCGCUCGAGGCGGCGCUCACUUUGAGCAAUUUUUCGUCGCAGGAAGUAGAGAGACAUAACAGGCCAGAGGUCGAGGUGCCCAACACCAGCGCAGAGCUGCUGCUGCAACCAAUGCACAUAUCGCGUAACGAGAACGAGCAGGUGCUGAUAGAGCCAAGUGUGAACUCCGUGCGCGUUAGCAUCAAAGUCAAACAGGCAGACGAAAUCGAGCAUAUUCUGGUCCAUAAGUUCACCCGGUUCCUCGAACAACGUGCAGAGUCGUUCUACGUGCUGAGACGCGUUCCAAUUCCAGGUUACAGCAUCUCUUUCCUCAUCACUAACAAGCAUACGGAGUCGAUGAAGACGGGGAAGCUCGUCGAUUUCAUCAUCGAGUUCAUGGAAGAGGUCGACAAGGAGAUAAGCGAGAUCAAGCUGUUCCUCAACGCCAGAGCAAGAUUCGUCGCAGAAGCAUAUCUUGGAGAGUUCGUCUAUUAG